CGAGAUCUGCAAGAUGGCGUUGAGCUACGCAAGUGUUGACUUGUGUCUUGUGGUAGUCAUUCUUGCUCUGAACAUCGUACCAGGCAGUAGGGCACUGAAUGCUGAAGACUUCAAUACUAGCUCUGCAACGACAUGGUCUAAUCAAGAAAUAACGUUUAAUGCAAUUUAUGGUCUGCUCAACUCCACCAACUACAGUAACCACGUGUUGCCUCACCAUGCAUCUCAUGCAGCAGCAUUAGCAACCAAUGCUAUCACACAAAUAACACCAAAGGCUUUUAUACUACGAGUUGGUGACAUUUCAAUGGAUAACGUUUUUAACGUGGAUUUUUAUUUUACUCAACUUUGGGUGGAUCCACGAUUAGACGGACUUUUGCACAACGUAUCAAAGUUUAGAUUAAGACAAGAGAUGAUAAACAAACUGUGGCUACCGGACACCAUCAUUCGAAACAGCCAAGAAUCCACUUACCCAGAUUACAGCAAACAAGACAACGACGAAGUAGUUAUUCUCCGUCCAGGUGGUGUAAUCGAGUAUACAAGCAGAAAUUCGGAAUUUACGACGUGGCUGAAAUCUGAUGAAGAAGCAACGUUUACUGCAAUUUUUGAGGUGCUUAACUCUUCCAAUUACAGUAACAACAUGUCACCUCACAUAGCAUCUCGUAAAGGAGCAAUAACAAGCAAUGACAUUACAACAAUAACACCAAAAGUGUACAUACUACGAGUUGGUGAUAUUACAAUGCAAAACGAUUUCAGUGUGGAUUUCUACUUUACUCAACGUUGGGUGGAUCCACGAUUAGAUGGGGUCUUGCAUAAUAUGCCCAAGUUUCGACUAAAAAACCGAAAGAUGAUAGAAGAAGUGUGGCUACCGGACACCAUCAUUCGAAACAGCCAGGCAUCCAGAUACCCGGAUUACAGCAGACAAGACAUCGACCAAGUUGUUGUCCUCCGUCCAGGUGGUGAAGUCAAGUAUACAAGCAGAGUAAGUUCUGCAUGUUUUUGUUCUCUUGAUCUUCAUUGGUAUCCGUUUGAUGAGCAACAUUGUAAAGUUGAAUUUGAGUUCAUGAGCUAUGAUGUAAACGAGUUGGUAUAUAGUGAACCAAAAUAUUUUCAAUGUGUGAGUCUGGCUCCAGGUGCUACUCUUCCUACCCAAUAUAUUUUGCUGAAUGACACAAUCAAGAAGUGUACUGUGCACAACUUGACGUAUGUAAGAGGAGAAAUAGGAGGUCAUGGCAUUGCAAAGGAAAUAUAUUCGUCGUUCUACAUUGAUCUACACUACAAGCGAAAUUCUGCACCAAUUAUCAUCCGAUCCUUCGUUCCCGCAAGUCUCAUAGCGUUUAGUGCAUACGUCAGCCUGUACUUCAACAUCGAGCCACCACAAGCGAGAGUUGCUCUCACAAUCACGUGCUUCCUUCUCUUAAUAACUCUAACCGUAACAAACCGCCGAACGAAUUACAUCGACUACCUAACAGCCGCAGAUUACUACGUUUUUUUGUGCAUCAUUUUCAUCUUUAGUUGUCUCUUGGAGUUAGCGAUUGUGCAUCGAAUUUAUCAUUGGAAGGACGGGGAGAAUGUUGUGUGGACACGGUCCAAAAAUUUAUACAAAAAAAUACGAAAAAAUUCAACAUACUCUACCAGAAAAGGUUCAAAUGCUAUUGAAAUGGAGACAGUACCUGCACCGCAUUCUGAAGACAAAAAAUUGAAAUCCCCUGAGACUCAGAGUAGAAGCAAUGUUAGUAACGAAGAGACAACAUCAUCUGGACAAGAAAAAAAGGUCAGUUCAGAAUGGCAAGCUACCAGAAAAGGUUCAAAUGCCAUUGAAAUGGAGACAGUACCUGCACCGCAUUCUGAAGACGAAAAAUUGAAAUCCCCUGAGACUCAGAGUAGAAGCAAUGUUAGUAACGAAGAGACAACAUCAUCUGGACAAGACAAAAAGGUCAGUUCAGAAUGGCAAACUAGAGCUCAACAUGUAGACGAGUUCCUGCGUGUUGCAUUUCUUGUUGCCUAUGUGUUGUCCAACAUCAUCUACGCCGCUGUUGUUGCUAACAAGUAAGAUCCUGUCACUUCAGUCCUGACUAUUUUCUGAUUGAUCACGAACUCAAAUUAAUUCAUCGUAUGCAGGGCAAAGUAAACGCGUUUUGUAUUUCAAUCGGUACGCUCGUUGUUUGUUUGUUUGUUGUCAAUGUCAAGGUUUGUCAACACUAGCAGUGACUUUGAUAUUUGGGAUAUUUUUAGAUUGAUGUUGUAGUUUUGUAGCAAAAGUAACUUGUCUACACAAUAAAACUGCAAAACA